CCAGCAGGAAGCGCUGCAGGGGUUGUUUAGAAGGCCCAGCUCUGUGACAGCAGUUCCAUGUGACUUGGGAUCCUCACAAGAGCAACACUGAAAGUGCUAAUUGCUAAAUGAGAACCCUGGCUCCCUCUGAUUGAGCUGCAGGUUUCUAUGGAGACAGCGUCUUGGCAACAACUCUCAGCAGCCGUUUUCUUCCCAUCUACCAGGCCUAGUGGCAGCAGGGCCCACGGAGAGGGAGAGGACCUGGCUUCCACUAGCAGCAGGAAGGGACGGAUGGACAUCCAGGCUGUCUAGCUGCGCUCUAUGAAUCUUUGCAUACAACUAUCCCAGAAGUAAAAACAUAUUAAAAAGCCGAGCAGAGACAUCCAGCAGAGAGGUUGCUAGGAUGCAAGGGAAGGAUGGGCAGCCAUGUCCUGCCCUAAUCCAACACUGGACAUACAUACACUUCCAGAACUGCAGAGAGCUGCGUGGAAUUUAAAUGCUGGUGGACAAGAUGCUGGAGACUUGGUCCCUGAAAAAGGGGUGAAUUUACGGCUUGAUCAAACAUUGACUUCAGUGGGAGUUACAGAUGCACAAGUUUGACAGGAUGAAGCCAUUGUGAGCUGAGACAUAAAUUAUUGAAAAGAAAAUGGCACAGCGAAGCCCAAUCUUUCCGACACUUUCAGCCCCUACUGAAAGACGGAUUCGAAAUAUACCACUACACAGCCAAGCUUUGACCGCGGUCCCAUUAGCAUCUGCAAGUCUUGUGGAUCAGCUAGAAGACAGAAUUCUAAGCCAUGAGAAAACAACUGCUGCCCUUGUGGAACACGCUUUUCGCAUUAAGGAGGACAUUGUUUCCACUUUGCAUAGAAUGCAGAACAAAGGGGGAGGAGAUCGGUUGGCUAGGCAACUCUUAGAAGAACACAUCCGAAACAUAACGGCAAUAGUGAGGCAGCUUAACCGGGACAUUGAGACACUGCAGGAACAGAUACGUGUCAGGGAUAACCUCAGUUAUGGAACUAAUUCUACCUUAAAGAGCCUGGAAAUGCGUCAGUUGUCUGGUUUGGGAGAUCUUCGGGGGAGAGUUGCAAGGUGCGAUGCUGGUUUAGCCAGAUUGUCUGCAGAGCACAAAAUUACAUAUGAAAGACUUCAAAGCCUAAGCAAAGACCAACAAGCUUCUAAAAUGAUCUUGGAAUCUAAAAUCAAAGAGGCAGAAAUACAGAUUUCUUACCUUCUGAGCAGAGUAGAGCAGUCAAUAAUGCAACAAGAAGCAAAACUGAAGAUUGCCUACAAAGAGAGCAACCAACAGCUCCACCUUCUGGAUGUUAAAUUAAAAGGUGCGGUAGAGGAACUCAGCAGCCAGAUAUUGUCUGCCCGCAGCUGGUUGGAACAGGAACAUGAACGGAUUGAAAAAGAGCUUUUACAGAAAAUUGAUCAGAUUUCCUUGGCCCUUAAGGAAAAGACCGCAAUGAGUGAGAGGGCCAUGGAGAUGAGAUUCAGCCAGAUGUCAGAGAAACUUGAUAAAAUAGAAGAAAUACAAAAAAUAACUGUGGAAGAACAUGGAACAAAGCAGGCUGAAGAGAAGAUAAAUAUUCGAAUCAGCAAACUUCAGAUGGAGAUUAAUGAAGAUAUAAAAGAAAUGAAAACUGAAGUUAAUGCUGGGUUUGCGGCUAUCUAUGAGAGCAUUGGGUCCCUACGGGAAGUUCUAGAAGCCAAAAUGAAACUUGACAGGGAUGAGCUACAGAAGCAGAUUCACCAAAUGAAGCAGGAAGUUCCGACAUAGGGAGAGGCGAGACCAUGACUGAUCACAAGAUUUAUUCAGAGAAAAGAGCAUUUAUGUGUCUAAAUAGGCUAUAGCCUCAUUCCAAUUUGUAAUUAAGUGCAUGUACCAAAUAACAUGCUUCUGUUCCACAGGUGUGUAUGUUUACUGUAAGCGGUAAAUGCAAGCUUUGAAUAGCUAAGUUGAUAAAUAAUCUUUAGGGAGCAAAGUCCUAACUCACCAUUGUCUUACUUCAGUUGAUUUCAGUGGAGUUACCGCUGUUUAAAAGUGGAGUAACACAUUGGUGAAUGUGAUGCCAAAUUUGUUAAAGGCGCCAUAGUGCUGCCUCCACUUUGGUGGGUUUUAAAUAUUAUCACUUGUACCCAUAGUUAAUUGCUCUGUUUAAAAGUCAAGCCUUAACAGGUCAAUAUCACUUUGCAAUUCACUACCUUGCCAGAUCUUUCUCCCAUUGAAGUCACUGGAAAUGUUCCCAUUAACUUCACUGGAAGCAGAACCGGCUUCUAGCCAGUUUUUAAAAUCCAAAUACCAUCAUAAAUGACACCUUUGCUUCCUUUAAAAAAAUAUUGU